AUGGCCCUCUCAGCAUCUCCUUCGCCCGGUGCAUCUGUACCAGACGAGGACACGACCAUGAAUGACACAGACACACUCGACCAAGAGAUCGAGCAAGUCAGAGCCGAAAUCCAAGCCCUCACCAAACGUCGCAAACUACUAGCCUCAACUCUGCUCUCGUCAACGAAAGUCCAGACCCAACUAUCCAAAUUUCAAGACAAUUCAACCAUCAACCACCCCGAUGGCUCUGCAAAAAUAACCCGUCUUCUCGAAACCGCUAAACACCGUUCCCAAACCAACGUUUACCGCCUCGCCUAUGGUGUGACAUCCUUUCCCUUCCAUGACCCCAGCCCCGAAAUGCAAUCCAAGAACCCGCUGCUAGGCAUUCGGUUCGACAUAUGCGCCGACCGGACGGGUCGUUUCGACAGCCCGUAUUUUAUAUUUUGUGUGAAGACCGGCGGUGGUCAUCGUCAUCGCAAUGUCGACCAGCAUGAGCAUGAGCACCACCAUCACCAACAUCAGCAUCCCGAGCUCAAAAUCCAUCGACAUACAAUCCCCGCGCUCGUGCCCAUAGAGGACUACGAGAAGGUCUAUCUACCACUCUCAUCGGACAAAGGGUCUGGUGGAACUAGUAAUUCAGACGAGGACAAUCACCGCGACGAAGUAGGUCGAGCGCGCCAGACUGGAACAGCAACUCAAUCGCAAGACUUACACGGCCUUGUCACCCAGGUUCGACAUGAUUUGAUUUCCUGGCGGUUACGGCAAGAAGCCGUCGCGCUGAUACGCGAGGAACUCGAGUUACCACCCUUGACAACAAAUGUCGGAGACGACAGCGACGACGACGACGACGAUGACAAUAGCACCUCGCACGAAUCUUCCAACACGACUGGUAAAUUCGGCGUCCAGGACAUCUCCCCUAUCGGCGUGGACGCCCGCCACAUCCGCAUCAUAUGGAGUGAUGGGCGUGUAGGGCGCCUGCGCAUCUCAGAUCAAGGGAUAGUCGAAAAAGCCGUCGUGGUCUGGACGGAUCGGUUACGAGAUCAAGAGCGGAUCUUGAUGGCUGGGAACCCAUUACUAGGAUCUCCUGCACUUCUCGAGUGUCUGGAGAGAGUUGCAGUGUGGCAGCAGUAG